AUGCUGAGGGAGCUGACGUUGCUGAUGUUUGCUUCAAAUCUUAAAGAACUUCAUGUUGGUGCAGAUCAACUAGAAGAUAUAAUAAACAAAGAGAAAGCUUGUGAAGGUGGAGAAUCAGGGAUUGUUCCUUUUGCAAAGCUGGUUUCUCUUAGUUGGGAGUCUACCGGAGCUAAAGAAUAUCUAUUGGAGUCCUCUACGCUUUCCAUGUCUAAAGGAAUUCAAUGUAAUGAAUGUCCAAAUCUGAAAAAGCUUCCACUGGAUUCUCAAAGUGGUCAUGGUGAAAAUGGACUCGUCUUAAUACAAAGAGGAAAGUUGGAUUGA